CGGAAGCGGCCCCGCCCCUGAGCGCGGGCGGGUUGGCGGGAAAGGCCUGAGGGGUCUGAGGGGUCUGAGGAGUGAGAGGGGUCUGAGGCUGACAGAGCUGUGAAGGGGCCCUAGCCCAGCCCAGCCCAGCCCGGCACGGCACAGCCGCAGCCAUGCAGGCCUUCCUCAAAGGCCCGGCCUCCAUCAGCACCAAGCCCGUCGCUGCCAAGGAAAAGAGCGCGGCCGGGAGCAGCGGGGAGGGCAAGAGGACCAAACCCAUCCCCUGGGUGGAGAAAUAUCGCCCCAAAAAUGUGGAUGAAGUCGCCUUCCAGGAUGAAGUUGUAGCUGUGCUGAAGAAGUCCCUGGAAGGUGCUGAUCUUCCCAAUCUAUUGUUCUAUGGCCCACCUGGAACUGGAAAGACUUCCACUAUUUUAGCAGCUGCGAGAGAACUGUUUGGGCCUGAUUUAUUCCGGCAAAGAGUUCUUGAGUUGAAUGCUUCUGAUGAGCGUGGGAUACAAGUGAUUCGGGAAAAAGUGAAGGCUUUUGCUCAGCUAACUGCAUCUGGAAGCCGUUCAGAUGGUAAAAUGUGUCCUCCUUUUAAAAUUGUAAUCCUGGAUGAAGCAGAUUCUAUGACUUCAGCAGCCCAGGCAGCCUUAAGACGCACAAUGGAAAAAGAAUCUAAAACAACACGUUUCUGUCUUAUUUGUAACUACAUCAGCAGAAUAAUUGAACCUUUGACAUCUCGAUGCUCCAAAUUCCGCUUCAAGCCUUUGUCAGACAGUAUCCAACAGCAGAGGCUGUUGGAUGUUGCUGAGAAGGAGCAUGUGAAAAUCAGUAAUGAGGCAGUAUCAUACCUUGUGAAAGUGUCAGAAGGAGACUUAAGAAAAGCAAUUACUUUUCUUCAGAGUGCCACUCGCCUAAUGGGUGGGAAGGAGAUUACAGAGAAUAUAAUCACUGAAAUUGCUGGGGUCAUCCCUAAAGAAACGAUUGAUGAAUUGCUAUUGGGCUGCCAGAGUGGUUCCUUUGAGAAACUGGAAACACUGGCAAAGAAUCUCAUCAAUGAGGGGUUUGCUGUUGCUCAGCUUAUAAACCAGCUGCAUGACACSGUUGUGGAGAGUGAAGAUUACAGCGACAAGCAGAAAUCUGCCAUAGUUGAGAAACUUGCAGAAGUGGACAAAUGCCUGGCAGAUGGUGCUGAUGAAUUCUUGCAGCUUAUGAGUCUCUGUGCCCUUGUGAUGCAGCAGCUCACACAGAACACCUGAUUYCUCCAGUUCCCCGCUUUGUUCCGUGGGUGGCUGGAGCUCUGAGAGCAGGAUCUGUGUACUUUUGUACUGUUUUUUUGCAAUAAAAGGACUGCACUGCAGUUGAAAAACCUCAGCCUGGAAUAUUUACUA